ACUCAACGCCAACGCCAUGCCCGCGUCAUGAUGUUCAACAACGCCGCCGCCGCCAAGGGAAGUGGCUCACGGCCUGGCUCGUCUUCAAAGUCCCAAACGCCCAUGCAGCAGCGAUCCCACCAUCCCAACGAGAGCGUCCCUUGCCCCUCAUGCGAGCAGCCGGUGCGCAUCGCGCUGCUCAACUCGCAUCUGGAUCGAUGCCUGUCCGGUGGUCAGGAGAAGGCGAGCUCAGCGAAGACAGAGGGGGAGGGAACGGGCAAUGCAGCGUCUGUCGCUUCUCCCAGCCGUGGUGUCUUCGGAGCCAUGAUGGGAUCGAGGAAGCGCAAGGCUGGCGAGGAUGAGGCGGACGAGGGCAACGCGCUGCCCAGCCAUCAUGAAGCGGCCGUCGUCUUGCCUUCCAAAUCGACGCCUGUCGAAGCAACUCAGCCAGCUACAGCGGCACCUACACAUGCUACCGCCGUCGCUGCCUCCUCCUCGCGCACUCGCCUGGACUCCGCCGCCCCUCUCGCCGAGCGUCUUCGACCGCGAUCACUGAGCGAAUACGUAGGACAGGACCACAUCGUCCGCAAGGGGCCGCUGGCCGCCCUUCUCAAGCAGGGAAAGGUACCCAGCAUGGUCCUAUGGGGUCCGCCGGGGACUGGAAAGACUACACUGGCCCGACUGGUAGUGAAGGAGGCGAAUGAGAAUUGGGAGAGGAAUCGCGCGCGUAAUUCUGCGAGCUCCAAUGGGGCAACGAUGCCGCCUUAUCGCUUCGUGGAGGUAUCGGCCACCUCGACCGCCACUGGGGAUCUGAAGAGGCACUUUGACGAGUCCCUCUCCCGACUGAAACUCACAGGUCAGGUCACCGUCCUUUUCUGUGACGAGGUGCAGAGAUUCAACAAGGCGGUGCAAGACCUCUUCCUACCCGUUGUUGAGCGCGGAACGUUGGUGCUCGUCGGGGCUACUACCGAGAAUCCUUCUUUUCGCUUACAAGGCGCCCUGCUCAGUCGAAUGAGGGUAUUCGUACUGGACAGGCUGAGCACAGAGAGCUGCUUCAAGAUCCUGCAAGCAGCACGCGAUCGAGUGGCGAGCAUGGACGAGGACGAGACUACGACGCACCCACCUCAUGUACCCGAUACUCUCCUCACAUACCUAUCCCACUCCUGCGACGGUGAUGCCCGCUCCGCUUUGGGCGCUUUUGAGGUGGCUCUAGCCUGCUACGAUGGCGAAGUCGACGAGGAAACGAACUUGGACAACCUCCGCUCAGCCCUUAAACGGCAAGCACUCUUGUACGACCGAGCCGGGGAUCAGCACUACGAUCUCAUAUCUGCGCUGCACAAAUCCAUUCGUGGGAGCGACUCUGACGCGGCCAUGUACUGGCUGGCGCGGAUGGUCAAGGGAGGGGAAGACCCGCUCUUCAUCGCGCGCAGGCUGAUCAUCGCUGCAGCAGAGGAUUGUAGCGAUACGCCUGCUGCCAGCCAGCUAGCGGUCGCAACGUAUCAGAGCUGCCAGCUCGUUGGACUGCCAGAGUGCGCCGAGUGCAUGGCGCAAUGCGUCGUCUACCUCGCCGAGUGUCCAAAGAGUACGAGAGCGUACAAGGCUUGGCAGAGGGCUGCUGCCUUGGUUGAAGCGGAGCGUAGUCACGAGGUCCCGUAUCACAUUCGAAAUGCUCCGACGAGACUGAUGAAGGAGAUUGGGUAUGGGCAGGAAUAUCGCUACGAGCCCAGAUUCGCGCAUCCUGUCUUUCAGGAGUAUCUUCCCAGCCCGCUGGCGGGGAUGAGGGAGAGGGGGGAGUGGAAGCGAUUGGUGAGCCCGCCGCCGCCGCAAAGGGCUGAGGUGGAGGAAGCUGGAGAUGGCGGAGAUGGCGAAGAGGCGACGCCAUCGAAUGGUGCCAAGCUUGCCUCGGCGUCUGGUAUCGGACCAGGGUCGUGUCAGCGCAUCUUUGAGAUGGGAUCGCGAGUCGUCGAUGUGGACCUGCUAGAGGAGUGGGAGGAGAAGCGCAAUCAAGGGCGAGCUUGGGGAGGUAGAGGGGCGUUGGGACUGCCAGUUGCGCGUGUGUCGAAGAAGGAGGAGGAGGAGUGAUGAAUGCUAGAGCAGGCUUGAUCUUGAUACCCCAUGCAAAUGCAAUGAAUUGGCGAUG